AAAUUAAUGUGAAAUAAAACUUGACAGAAAUCUGCUUACUUUAAAAGACAUUUUGGAUCUAAAGUUAAAAUAAAAAAAAAUUAAAAAAAAAAAACAAUCUAUAUGAAAGAAAAUGAAAGAAAAAAUAGAAUUUAAAAGACAAAAGCUUGAAAAAUCAACUAAAAGAAUAAAAAACUAAUAAAAUUUUAAUAAACACGUAUACAUACGUUCAAACAUACAUAUGUACGUACAUUUGUAUUUACAAAAAUUUAAGUAUAAGGUAUGUAUGUAUAAAUACAUGGGUUUGUAUAUGCAUACCAAAAAAAUAUAAACAAUAAAGAAAAUAAGAAAAAAAGACGCAUGCGAUAAAAAAAAGAGUAAAUUAACCAAAAAGAAGUCCUUAAGUUCAAAAGGAAAAUGUUAAACCAAAAAAAAGAGAACGCUAAUAAGUUAAAUAAAUCGAAAAGGAAUCAAAUAAAAAUAAAGGAACGUUUGAAAAUUAUACUAAAAAUAAAAUAAAAAAAAAACACAAAAAAAAAAAAGAAAUAGAAAACAAAAAAAGAACAGUGUGAAUGUUUUAAGAUCAAACAACGAAGAAUUUCAAAUUUUAUUAUUAUUACCGUUAUAAUUUAACUUGUGCUAUAUAUACAAUUUAAAUGAUUAUACAUGUAACAGUAUAACGACCAUCAUUAAGCACCACAAACAAAGAAUAAAAAAGGAAAACAGUAAAGAGAAGAAAAACGAUCAUAGACAAAAAAUAAUAAAAAAAAAAAACCUAAAAAAUACAAUAUGCUUAUAUCGGCGUAGUGUUCGUAUUUAAACACACAUAUACAUAGAUAUAUGAACAGUUAAUUCCUUAUAUGUAGUACUAACCACAAAACAAAUAAGGCAAUGUUAAAGAAAUACAAUAACAAUAACAAAGAAACAAUAAAAAAUUAAAUAUAAUAAGGAUAAAAGAAGAAAAAAAUUAACAGAGCCUUAAUAUUUUGGAACUAAUACAAGUCUUCUAUAACAAGAAAAUUGGGCAUUAUAAAAUAAAUAAAAUAAAUGGAAUGUACUUUACAUUUCAUAAAAACAAAUUGUUGAAAAAUACAACGCCUUUGUAAGAUGGUGAAAUUUAUUUACAAUUUACAUAAGAAUUUACAUGAAUAAAUUUCAAGAAUAAUGAAAUAUAAAAAAUAUUUAAUUAGCUUUAAUAAAUUAAAAAUUUUUGUAAAAGAAUAAAAUAAAAAAACAAAAUGUACUUAAGUGAAUGUAAAGAAAUUAGUUUGAGUUCUACUCUAAUUAAAAUAAUUUGUAACAGUUUACUGAUGCUCUUAAAAGUAAACAUAAACAAAAUAAUUCUUUAAUAUGAUAAUGAAAAAUAAAACAUGUUAAUAAAUUAUUGUAUGUUAAAAUAAAAAAAAUAAAGUGAAAAAUAUAUAGAAAAAUAAUUUAAAUACAUCAUAAAUAAUGAGCGGUUGUGUGGGAAGAGUACGUUUUUCAAGGAUAUACAACAAUUUACUAAGAACAUUUACAUUGAUCGCAUUUGGAUUUGCUAAUAUAAAUAAUGGUGAGUGAAACGUGGAAUCAUGUAGCAGAAUAGGACUAACAUCACAUGUAGGCAAAGAAGCACCAAAUAUAUCAGCAGCACCAUCACCAUUAUAUGGAACUGAUCAUCUAAGAGGUUUGCAAAUGCAACAUUUAACUUUACAGCAGCAACAACAACUUCAACUACAAUUAAAACAACAACAUAGUAUAUUAAAUAAACAUAUGGCAAUGUCACAUACAUCAGUAAUAGAUCAAAUACCUAAACUUAGGCAAUUAAAAUCAAAAGCCUCAAUAGAUUUAGUUAAUUAUAAUAAUGGUAUUGUUGAUAAUGGUGAAAAUGACAAUAUCAAUGUUGGUACAAAUAUACGAACUAGCUAUGAUGUAAACAAUGAUAAAAAUAAUGAUAUUAAUAAUUUAUUAAGUAGUGAUAGUUUAACGAGCGAAAGCGAUACUAGUUUAAUAUUAAGUGAUAAAAGUGAUAAUGGUAAUUUGAAAUCAUUAUCAAUAUUUAGUAAUAAUGAACUUAGCAGUAGUAAUAAAAUUUAUGGUGAAAGUUUAGUUAAUAAUAUUAGUAGUCCAAUAGACAAUGCUCUUGAAAAUUCCGAUAGUAAUAAUAACAAUAAUAAUAAUCUUGUUAAUAAUAAUAGUAAUAAUGUAAAUAAACAACAACAGCAACAAACAGAUGCUUCACUAUUAGAUGAAAUGUAUAAUACACCAAUGUAUUUUGGUACUGAGAAUAAUACAGUUAUAACAACACAAAUUGGAGCAACAGCACAUAUGCCAUGCGCAAUACAUCACAUUGGUGAUGGAGUGGUGUCAUGGAUUAGAAGAAAAGAUUAUCAUUUACUGACAGUUGGUCUAACAACAUACAAUAGCGAUGAAAGAUUUAGUGCCACACAUUUAAAGCAUUCAGAGGAUUGGACAUUGCAAAUAAAAUUUGUUCAACUACGUGAUGCUGGCAUUUAUGAAUGCCAAGUUUCAACCCAUCCGCCCACAUCGAUAUUUUUGAAUUUAAAUGUAGUUGAAGCACGUGCUGAAAUAUCGGGACCUUCGAUAAGAUAUUUAACACCUGGAUCUACAUUAAGGCUUCAAUGUCAUGUUUUACAAAAUACUCAGCCUUCGGAAUUUAUAUUUUGGUAUCAUGAUAAUAGAAUGAUUAAUUAUGAUAUUGAUCGUGGAAUAAAUGUGUCAACAGAAGCUGAUUUUCAGUCAUCAGAACUUGUCAUUCAACGGACUAGAAGGGAACAUUCUGGAAAUUUCACAUGUUUGGCGAGCAAUGCUCAACCAGCUAGUGUAUUGGUUCAUAUUUUCAAAGGUGAUAAUCCAGCUGCAAUGUAUCAUGGACAUGUCGGAUCAUCAAAUAAAUCAUAUCAGAACCAAUUUUUUGUAAAUUUAUUGUUAACAAUUUCAAUAGGCAAAUCAUUAUUAUAUCAUUCCUGUAUAAAAGUUUUCCAAUUUUUGUAAAAAAACAAAAAAAAAAAACUAUCAAGUAAAAUUUUCAAAUUAAAUUUUCUACUGAAAUAUUGGUCAUCGCACCGAAAAAAAAAAAACUAAAAAAACAAAGAGGAAACCUUAAAUUAAAUUAAUGCAACUACAUGUAUCUAUAUAUACAUAUAUGUAUAUGUAUGUAUGUACCAUGUAUAGUGAAAGUUAUUGCAAAAUUAUGUUAUUAUGCUUCACGAAUAUAAAAUUUUAACAAAAAUUACAAAAAAAAUAAGAGAAAAAAAAAGAAAAAUGGAAAAUUUCAUUGAUAAAUUAAAUUGGUUACUUGUUGACAUAAUUCGGAAAAUAUUUUUUGCACAUUGAUAAUGAAUAUAGAAGUUAAUAUUUUUUUUUAAUUUAAUUUUCAUCAGACUUAAUUAAAUUGGUUAACUUUUAAUUGAAAUAUAGUGAAAAUAUUUAAAUCCUUUUAAAUUUUCAUC